GAAGUGGAUUGAAUUGACACGUGUUUCUGUUGUUGGGCACCAAAACAUACCGCACUGUUGCGGCAUCGAAGUGUCAUUGACUCUAUUUUUUCCCAGCUGUGUUUGAGUUAAUCAUGGAGGAUUAUACAACUGAAAUGUCAUUUAUGUCCUUGAUGUAUUAAACCCGUCCACUUUUAUUGUAUCACACAUGAGCCAGCAGUCAGUCAUGCAGCAAAGCAGUGCUGUUACUAGAUACCUCAUCUUCUUUCAAUACCUAGGAACCAAAUACAGUGGGGUGAUGAAGGCUCCUCCUCAUCAGCCUCUCCAGGGAGUGCAGAAUCAUUUAGAGGACGCAGUGCGAAGACUGAAGCCUGUAAAUGAAGUGUCUGUGUGCAUCUCCAGUCGCACAGACACCGGUGUGCAUGCGCUCUGUAACUCUGCACAUCUAGACAUCCAGCGUAGAGGAGACAAACCUCCCUUCACUGAACAAGUCCUGACUGAUGCCUUAAACUUCUUAUUAAAACCAGAGCCCAUCAGAAUCACGAGAGUCUACUGCGUACAGAAAAACUUUCACGCACGCCACCAAGCCAUAUCAAGAUCCUACGUCUACCGCUUGGCCACGGGACUCCGUCGUCACACCGAAUUGCCCAUAACGGAGAAGGAUUUGUGCUGGACGUUAUGGGACACGGAGCUGAACGUAGACGCCAUGCGAGAGGCGGGAGCCGCGUUCCAGGGAACGCACGAUUUCAGCACUUUCCGUGCGCUCAGCUCAGACGCUCCGUUCAAGAACCCGGUGAAGACCAUGGAGCUGGUGCAGGUAGAGCCGGGCCUCUCCUUCAGCCAGCGUCACUUUCAUAGAGACGUCCAGUUUUGGGAGCUCACCUUUAAAAGUAGGUCCUUUUUAUACAAACAAGUGCGGAGGAUGGUUGGGGCGUUGGUUGCAGUUGGCCGGGGUAAACUGUCCGUCAGUCAGAUUCACGACCUGUUAGACAGCAGGGACACCAUGGCCUACCCUCAAAACAUGGCCGCUCCGCCGUACGGCCUCUUUCUGAUAAACGUGGGGUAUAAAGACUCAGAUCUGAAGCCUUCCAUACGGGACGACUGCUUGUAAAAGAAAAAGCAGCACACUUGGGAACCUGUAAAUAAAGCUCUAUGACGUAAAUAAACUUUGUAUUCAACAUUCA